AUGUCAAGCACUGUACUUUGGAUUAAGGACUUUCGGGUAUUUUCAACACCGUAUCUUGACGCAGCCGGACUCGUCGCCCUCGCCGACCUCAAAACAAUCGCCAUUCGCACCGCUCUCACAGGCACAUCAACAUAUCUAGACAUGUUUGUCAUCUGUCCCGGCAUCCAUCUGCAACAAAACGCGCCAGAACUCAACGGCGGGGAGCUUCCCCAAGUCGCAUCUAUGGGCUCAGGAUUCGUGUUCCGUAUUGAAAAUCCGGGAACGGUUGCGUAUCUGCAACGGGUGGGACGGACGGGACAUUUGAUAAACGUGCAAGUCUCAGUACGGGGAGACGAAGAAGCGGAGUCGAUGUGGAGAUGGAUAUGGAGUGCUUGGUGGACGUCUACAUCAUCUUUUGUUUCUUCUGCGUGUUAUCUGACUGCUAUCCUCCUCACGAUAUUCACUGGGUGGAAAGGGUACAAGGAACCUGGUGUUCAAGGUGAUAUGCUUGUGCUUCUGAGCCAGGACCGUUGGAUAAGAAUGAAAGGACUAAACGACGAUCUGAAACUCGUCACAUCAGGACAGUGGUUGCGCGAUAUGGUGUUUUGGGAACAAUCUAUCGCUUCUGCUUCUACUUUGCUCGUAUAUCUGGACGCCGCUUUGGCAAGUAAUGCGACGCAGUUGGGGAAGACGGUCUUGCUAUGCCUUCUGUUUGCUUCUGUUGGAUUAUUGGCUGUCAGUAAUGAGUGUUUGAUGGCUAUGGAGAUGUUUGGAGCCACUUUGAAAGUUGUUGGAGAGGAUAAGCCGGAUGGUUUUGAGAGGAGAAUGGAAAUGGUUGAGUAUCUUGUGGAUAAGACGAAGAAACAUGAGUGGGCGAUUAGGGCUGGUUUAAUGCAUGCCAAGUCAGAUUAA